AUGCAAACCAGUCAACUUGAAAUGCACUAACAUAUUAUAUGCAUUGUCUUCGCAGGUAACCGAGCCAACAGUAGAAACUGAAUGCAGACUAAUGUGGCCAUGAAUAGGCAUUCAUUAUCAAUAAUAGGCUAACUACACUCCGGACAGGUAGCUAAAACACGCUAGCACUGAUAAAAGGCUUUGGGUUGCCCACCGUUGCAUAUCCAUGGACUAUAGACACAUGUAUUGGCAUUUACCUGCUCAUAUAUGCUGUCAUGUGUUGUAUGGUGCAGUUGUGUCCGUUUGUUCCUCUGUAGUUAACCAGAAGUGACAUUUUGUUUAUUCUUUGUUGAGUUUAAAAAACAACAAAAUAAAAUGGCUAGUGUGUGGUGCAAAUCUAUGCAAAAUUUCAAAUGCCAAUACCAAACAUUGGGAAAUGUCUCUCUUGUCAAGAGAUGUUUGAUAGGCAGACAGCAGAUGGAACAAACUCGGCUAUACACCAUAGUGCAGCCUGGAGACUUCAAUAUAGUUCCAAAGCAGGCGCAGGUGGUGAUUGCAGGAGGAGGUGUUAUCGGGACGUCUGUGGCGUAUCAUUUAGCAGAAAGGGGAUGGACAGAUGUAAUUCUUUUAGAGCAAGGAAGACUUACAUGUGGUACAACAUGGCACGCUGCAGGUCUGAUUGGAACCAUGCGAUCAAAUGUGGCCGAAUCAAAGAUGGCCAUCUAUAGUCGCAAUUUGUACAGAAGAUUGGAGGAAGAGGGACAUGGCAUGGGGUGGAAACAAUGUGGAAGCAUCAGUUUAGCUCGAACCAAGAACAGACUGAUAGAUUUCAAGAGAAAAGCAGCACUUGCUAAAGCAAAUGGUACAGAAGCUCAUAUUGUCACUCCAGCAGAAAUCCAAAAAUUAUCUCCCUUGAUCCAGACCGAAGAUCUCUGUGGAGGUAUAUACAUCCCAGGUGAUGGACAGCUCACUGCACCAGAUGUUACCAUCGUGCUGGCAAAUUUAGCAAAGCAGAAAGGUGUCAAAGUAUUUGAAGGUGUACAGAUUGAUAAAGUCUUGACAAAGAAUAAGUCUCCUCAGGUGUCGGGUGUGGAGACAUCACAUGGAACAAUACAAUGUGAAUACUUUGUCAACUGUGCCGGACAGUGGGCACGGGAACUUGGUAAACUGUCAAAACCAAAAGUGAGGGUACCACUUCAUUCGUGUGAACACUUUUACGUGGUGACUAAACCCAUAGAGGGGGUUGACAACAUGCAACCAGUUAUCCGUGACCUUGAUGGUAUGAUUUAUGUACGUGAGUGGAAUGGAGGUCUGUUGGCAGGAGGUUUUGAACCAGUGGCUAAACCAGUCUUUCACCGAGGUAUUCCUGAGAAGUUUGAAUUUCAGCUUUUAACUGAGGACUGGGAUCAUUUCCAAAUCCUGCUUGAUGAAAUUUUGCAUAGAAUUCCAAAGAUGCAGGAUGCCCAAGUCCGACAGCUGUUAAAUGGACCAGAGAGUUUUACGCCAGAUGGCAGGAUACUUCUAGGCGAGUCAUCAUUGAUAAACAACUACUUUGUGGCUGCGGGAAUGAAUUCCCACGGCAUUGUGUUUGCUGGUGGGGCUGGUAAAUUCAUGGCGGAGUGGAUCAUUGAUGGAAAGGCCAGUACGGACAUGUGGUCACACGAUAUUCGCAGAUUUGUCAGUCUCCACAACAACAAACGCUUUCUGGGAGAGCGGGUCAAAGAAAUUGUUGGAAAGCUUUACCGACUGCCCUACCCAUUGGUGGAGUAUGCGACUGGAAGAAAGCUGAGAACGUCUCCACUUCACACCCGCCUCGAAGGACUUGGGGCUUACUUUGGAGAAACGAUGGCUUACGAAAGAGCAAUGUGGUUCAGUCCACAGAACGAAGGUAUGGCUGAUGAAAAGGUCUUCAAACUUACAUGGGGAAAACCGAGCUGGUUUGAAUCAGUUCAAGAGGAAUACUGGGCUUGUAAGGAGAGAGUCUGUCUCAUAGAUAUGUCAUCUUUCGCAAAGUUUGAAAUCAAGUCAACGGGACCAGGUGCACUAGAAUACUUGCAAUAUAUUUGUUCCAAUGACAUUGACCAGGACAUCGGCACUGUUGUUCACACCGGCAUGCAGAAUGAGUCAGGAGGCUUUGAGAACGACUGCAGCAUAGCUCGCUUGCAGGACAACUAUUUCUUCAUGAUCUGCCCUGCUACCCAGCAGACGCGAGCCUCGUUCUGGCUCAGACACCACCUGCCAGAAGAUGGAUCGGUGCAGGUGCGUGAUGUCACUUCCAUGUAUUCGGGCAUCAAUCUGAUUGGUCCACAUGCUCAGCAGCUGUUGGGUGAUGUCACUGACAUCUCAACUGAUAGAUCUGACUUCAAGGCCAUGACUUGCAAGGAGAUUGAUGUUGGCUGUGCUAGCGGUAUUCGAGCAAUGAGACUGACACACUCGGGAGAAGAUGGUUUUAUUCUCUACAUUCCUGCAGAGUAUGCCCUUCAUACGUAUGAUACUCUGAUGCAUGCUGGGAAGGACUAUGGAGCUAGGAAUGCUGGGUACUACGCGAUGCGGCAUUUGAGGAUUGAAAAGUUCUUUGCCUACUGGGGACUGGAUCUCCACACUUUUACAACACCCAUGGAAUGUGGUAGAGAGUUCCGAGUGAACUUAGAUAAAGGAGACUUUAUUGGCCGCGAUGCUUUGCAACAACAAAAAGACCACGGAAUUCAUCAAAAAUUUGUUCAGUUCUUACUGGAUGACUUUGAUGUCCACAGUGACCUCUGGCCAUGGGGAGGAGAACCUAUUUACCGUAACGGCAAGUACGUGGGACAGACGACAACGUGUGGCUAUGGCUUCACACUCGACCAGAUGGUGUGUCUUGGUUACGUUAGCGACUUUGAUGAGGAUGGAAAACCACAGUUGAAAAAAUACAUGAAUAAAUGGGUGAUGGAGAAAGACGCACAGUAUGAAAUUGACAUUGCGGGACGGAAAUACACAGCAAAGGCUGGAAUAUACACACCCAAGUUAGCCAUGUCUUCGUUUGAGGCUUCUUUUAUUCCUGUACCUGUGCAACAGAAAUAAGAUUGUCACUCAAGUUGGUCAUAUCCUCAUUUGAGAGAGAUUUUAUUCCUUAAUUUGUGCAACAGAAAUAAGAUUGAUACUCAAGUUGGUCAUAUCCUCAUUUGAGAGAUAUUUUAUUUCUGUACGAGUGCAGCAGAAAUAAGAUUGACACUCAAGUUGGUCAUAUCCUUAUUUGAGAGAUAUUUUAUUCCUGUACCUGUGCAACAGAAAUAAGAUUGACACUCGAGUUGGUCAUAUCCUCAUUUGAGAGAUUUUUUAUUCCUUAAUUUGUGCAACAGAAAUAAGAUUGAUACUCAAGUUGGUCAUAUCCUCAUUUGAGAGAUAUUUUAUUUCUGUACCUGUGCAACAGAAAUAGAUUGACACUCAAGUUGGUCAUACCCCGGUAUCCUCAUUUGAGAGAUAUUUUAUUUCUGUACCUGUGCAACAGAAAUAAGAUUGACACUCAAGUUGGUCAUAUCCUCAUUUGAGAGAUAUUUUAUUUCUGUACCUGUGCAACAGAAAUAAGAUUGACACUCAAGUUGGUCAUAUCCUCAUUUGAGAGAUAUUUUAUUUCUGUACCUGUGCAAGAGAAAUAGAUUGACAUGCAAGUUAGUGAUAUCUUUACUCAAGAUGUCUUCUUGUUCCUGUGCUAUCCUGUAUGUGGGAAAGUGCAUAUAAAACAUCCCUUUCUGCUUAUAGAAAAAUGUAGUGGCUUUCUUCUGCAACACUAUAUGUCGGAAUUACCAAAUGUUUGACAUCCAGUAGCCAAUGAUGAAUAAAUAACUGUCUUCUAGAGGUGUUGUUAAACAACACAAACGCAGUCCUUACGGAAAAUGCAAACAGAAGAAUUUAUGAAGUCGCAGAGUAAUCUGGCAUUUUGUAUAAUUAUGUAACCAGGUGUUACUUAUUAAGUAAUAUUUUAAUUAAAUAUUAAUUACCAUAUAUUAAUUAUUUUAUUUAUUAAAGUUUCUACAAUUUUACUACUUAUUACUUGGUCAUUAAGGAGAGUAUCUAUUACAUUUUUUAUGGUAUCGGUGAUCAUUGUUAUUUGUGUUGGGCUUGUUAGUUGUUGUGUGGUUUCUUUUGUGACAGUCACAGUUUACACAUGGCUGAUGACUGUCACUAAGACAUGCACUUCAUGCUUUUGGACAAUGCCCUUUGUCACAAGAUUUUCAAAUUCACAGAUACAUCUCAGCUUUACAAAUACAUGUCUUUUUACUGUUAAUUCUUUGACUAUUCUAUAUAUAUAAUAAGUUUUAUAUCACUAGACAAAUGUACACUGCUCCAUACUGUCUAUGUGAAUAGAUAAACUGAUGACUGGUAAAACAUUAAUAUCUAUCUGUAAUCAUGUUUUUAUUAAGUAUUCAGAUGCUAAUGUAAAUACAUUUUAUUCUAAUCAUG